AUGACCACGCUCCCCAUCACCGACAGCUUCGCUAGCUACCUGACUGACGAACGACACUUCAGCCCGUACACCGCUCGUUGCUAUGGUGCUGACCUUCGUCAGUUCAUCGAAUACCUCGUUGAUGAGGCCGGCACUGAGAUCAACCAGAGCAACGAAGAACUCGCGUUCAAAGCACGCACAGACUCCAGCGCCUUGCAGAUGGUCAAGGGAUCAACGCUUACACAGACGAUAUGUGAAGCGGAUGCGGACCUCAUCCGAGCAUACCUCGGAUUCCUCGGCGAGCAGAACUACUCCCCAGCAACCAUGGCACGCAAGAUUGCAACCCUCCGCUCGUUCUACAAGUGGGCGCAUAGAAAUGGAUUCUCUGUCAAUAAUCCAAUGACGCUCAUCCGUACUCCUCGUCAGUCCAAGCGUCUCCCCAAAGCGAUCAGCGUCGAGCAGGUCGAGCGUUUGCUUUCGGCACCGAAUGAUCAUGAUGUGCUCGGACGACGCGAUCGUGCAAUGCUUGAAACACUCUACUCCACUGGUAUCCGCGUCUCGGAACUCGUCGGAAUCAACUACGACGAUCUGGAUAUCGAGAAUGAAGCGAUGCAUGUGCGUGGGAAGGGGCGUAAGGAACGCAUCGUUCCUCUCGGAUCACACGCGAUUCGUGCGAUCGCACGAUACAUCGAGUUGCUCUCGAGCGAUCCGAAGUUUGGUCCGAUCUGGGCGAAUCGCGCCAACGGCGACAAUCCGCUCCCACUCUUCCUCAACAAGCACGGCAAGGGGCUCUCCUCACGCUCCGUCCGCCGUAAGCUCGACAAGUACCUCCGCAUGGUUGGUCUUGAUUCGACCAUCUCGCCGCACACACUGCGUCACUCCUUCGCAACCCACCUGCUUGAGAAUGGCGCGGAUCUCCGCUCAGUCCAAGAGCUCUUGGGACACCAGUCGCUCUCGACGACACAGGUGUACACGCACUUGUCCACAAACCGCGUCGAGGAUGUCUACAACCAGAGCCAUCCACGCGCUGAAGCGAGCUGA